CCCUUCAGCACCAUUCAUCGGCACUUCAUUCAAUGAACUACGACAGCUUCAACCUGCUCAUACACCAUUAUUCUUCAUUGUAACUACUCAAAGCAUUUGCUUAUGUCCCAUACACCAUCAUAAUGCCCCGGUCAGACGAAGCACAAGCCUUCUUCCACGCCGUAUACUCAGCCGUUCAAGAGAUCCCCCACGGCAAAGUCACGACAUACGGCCACAUCGCCAUGCUCGUUGGAACCCCUCAAAGACCUCGUCAAGUCGGCGUCUGUCUAAAGCACCUUCCCGCCGAUCCGUCUCAGCCCUUCAACCAUGAAAACGUUCCAUGGCAAAGAGUGAUAAACUCCAAAGGCCAAAUAUCGCCUAGAUCUCAACCUGGAGGAUCCCGCUCACAAGCUGAUGCCCUCCAAGCAGAAGCCGUACAAGUCGAGACAAACGCAAUGGGCGAACACUCAGUAGACUUCUCCCAGUACGGCUGGUUCCCAGAACUACUCCCCUCAGAAGAAAACGAUCAAGGCGAAUGAGUAAGGUCUUUGAAACUAGUAUUUACCACUAUCGUCUUCGGAAACAAAAAACCACGUUUUUGUUUCCCUAUAUGUAAUUUGUAAUGCGAAACCCAAAAUCAAUGGGUCCCCCCUCAUAAGAAUCAUCCCAUCUUCCGCUUCAUUCUUUGAAUCAAAGUCCGCCACCCUAAAAUCUCCCUUGAAAUCAAAGGGAGUCAAAUCGAAAAGAAGAAAAUUACACAUGUACCAAGACAGACACCCAAAAUGACAUCUUUAUGCAUCGAGCCGCUCGUGUAUGUGAUAAAUCCCCCCCUUCUUCACAGGGUAGUAAAAACAACAAAAAGUUAAAAAAAAAAGAAUCCUCCAAACUCCUGGCCAGUGCUUGAAAACUUGGUUGGGAUGCCCGACGACGAAAAAGAGCGCCAGACCGACAAUAAAACUCGAGGGGGAAUAUAGUGAACAACAUCAAAUCAGAAACGUGAUGACACAUAAAGGCGUUGCAAAAAGAAUCCCAUCCCAAUCAACCCCCCAAUGCUGAAUGUGUGUCCCGUGAUCAAAGACUCCGGGGCGGGCCGCGCAAAAGCCGGCUAGUCACAGCUUCGCCUCCUCUAGAAGCAGUUCAAGCUUCCCUUCUUCUUCUUGCCCUUGUUGAUGGCAUUCAUACGCUCCUCGAGCUGGCGACGGGCAGCCUCGGCAGCCUGUCGCUUCUUGCGCUCCUCCUCCACAGCUUGGAGACUCCAUCUGUUGUCCUGAACAGGCUCGGGAGGAGGGCGGUCCUUGAGCUCCUUGACCUCGACCUCUAGCUCACCAGCACGCUUCUUCCAGGCAUCACAAUCGGCCUUAACUUUAUUAGAUUGCCUUUCCAGGUCGGUAAGAGCCUCCUCGAGUGUCUGGGUAAGCUGACGCUCCGCAUUAAGGUGCUUCUCGAUGGUUCGGAUACGCGCUUCCUGGUCUUCAGUAAUAUGAGAGAUGUUAAUGUUGUCCUUGCUGAUAGGACGUCCGUUGGUGGGUGAGCUGGGAGCUCCAUUGACAGGAGAUCCCGCACCGUUUGGCAGAGGGGGGAGAGGGAUAGCUGGUGGGGGUGAUGGGAGGGAGACGUGAGAUGCGCUCUUGCGAAUGGUCGAGUUAGAGUUUGACCGCUGGACGCCAGCCGCCACUUCGUCCAUCUUA